AUGUUCAGACUCUGGAAUGUUUCAAACGCAAAAUACGAUCCUGAGUCGUUUGUUAUCGUAGAUCAACCUAACAGCCAGUGCCGUGACAAAAUACCUGAAGUGUUCGAGCUUCCGAAGCUCUGUGGACUCGACCUAUUCGAAACUUCUGUUGACGAGCUGCAGCAUUACCUUUCUAUUGGAAGUUUUGAUUCGGUGGCAUACACUCAAUUUUGCCUCGAGAACAUCAGGAAGGCCAACCCAUAUCUCGAAUGCGUAAUUGAGACCAACCCGGACGCCCUUGAGAUUGCAAGGACUCUCGAUCAAGAGCGGAAGGAUGGCCAAAUUCGUGGUCCGCUCCACGGCAUACCUGUGCUCAUCAAAGAUGUAAGCUCGCCUGGUGCCAAUACUGAGCUCGUCUGA